AUGGAUCCUAAAGAAACAACCAGUGGAUUCGGAAAAAACCCCAGACCUCCCAAGGUCAAGAACAAGAGUGCCGCACCCGUUCAAAUCACGGCUGAACAGAUCCUUCGUGAAGCUCAUGACCGUCGUCUUGAGCCCACACACAACAUCCCACAGCAAAAGAUUGCCGAUUUAGAAGAACUAUCAGAGUUUAGACAGCGUAAACGCAAGGAAUUCGAGGACAAUAUCCGAAAGAAUCGAUUGAAUAUAAGUAAUUGGAUUAAAUAUGCCAACUGGGAAGAGAGUCAAAUGGAAUUUCAGCGUGCUCGUUCAGUGUUUGAGCGUGCUCUGGAUGUUGAAUGGAGAAACAAUGCCUUGUGGUUACGCUACAUUGAUAUGGAACUGAAGAAUAAGAGUGUCAACCAUGCCCGUAACUUGCUUGACCGUGCCACCACCUUGCUGCCUCGUGUUGAUCAGUUUUGGUACAAGUACACCUACAUGGAAGAGACGUUGGGCGAUGUACCCAAGGCUCGCAACGUGUUUGAGCGCUGGAUGAAGUGGGAGCCAACAGAGAAUGCCUGGAUGGCGUACAUCAAGAUGGAACUGCGUUACAACGAAAAGCAACGUGCUCGUGCCAUUUAUGAACGAUUUGUCAGUAUUCACCCUGAGCCUGCUAACUGGAUCAAAUGGGCCAAAUUUGAAGAAGAACACAACAACCUCAACAAGUGCAGAGAAAUCUAUACAGCUGGUUUAGAGUAUUUGGGAGAGGAAAAGAUUGAUCAAAAACUGCUGGUUGCAUUUGCUAAAUUUGAGAUCAAGGCCAAAGAGUUUGAAAGAGCUCGUGUUAUUUUCAAGUACGGUUUAGACCGUCUUCCCAAGUCAAAAUCACAAUCCUUAUACAACCAAUACACCAAUUUCGAAAAGCAAUACGGUGAUAAAGCAGGCAUCGAGGAUGUAGUCAUUGGCAAAAGACGCGUGCAGUACGAGCAAGAGAUUGAGGAGAGUCCAAAGAACUACGACAUUUGGUUCGACUAUGCAAAGCUGGAGGAAUCAGCAGGUGAUCCCACUCGCGUGCGUGAAGUGUAUGAAAGAGCCAUUGCGCAGGUGCCACCAGCAGAGGAAAAGCGAUUCUGGAGACGAUACAUCUACCUCUGGAUCAACUAUGCGCUUUACGAAGAACUGGAGAGCCAAGAUAUAGAACGCACACGACAAAUCUACGAACAAUGCAUCCAACUGAUACCACACAAAAAGUUCACAUUUGCAAAGAUCUGGUUAAUGUACGCACAAUUCGAAAUUAGACAAAUGCAAGUGGGACAAGCAAGAAAGCUGCUGGGAAGAGCCAUUGGCAUGUGUCCCAAGAAUAAGCUCUUUAAGGGAUACAUUGAUUUGGAAUUCCAGUUGAGAGAAUUUGACCGCUGCCGUACAAUUUACACUAAAUACCUAGAAUACGAUUCCUCCAAUUGCUCAGCCUGGAUCCAGUUUGCAGAAUUAGAAAAGAAUGUGUUGGAUGAAGUGGAGAGAUGUCGUGCCAUCUUUGAACUCGCUGUGUCUCAAGAGAACCUCAAUAUGCCUGAAUUGUUGUGGAAAGCAUACAUUGAUUUCGAAAUUGGAGAGGAGGAAUACGACAAGACAAGAGACCUAUAUUAUCGCCUGUUGGAGCGCACAGAGCAUGUCAAGGUGUAUAUCAGUUUUGCACAAUUCGAGUUGUCUAUACCUUAUGAAGGAGGUAAUGAACAAGGUGUGGUUCGUGCUCGCAAGAUCUUUGAAGGUGCUUAUAGCAAGAUGAAGGAGAAGGAACUCAAGGAGGAGCGUGUCUUGUUACUUGAAGCAUGGAAAGACUUUGAAGAAAACUAUGGCGAUGAUACAACAAGAGAGAUUGUCAAGAAGAAGAUGCCCAAGGUGGUCAAGAAGAGAAGAAGAGCUGCCGAUUCAACUGAGGACAACAUUAUUUGGGAGGAAUACUUUGACUACAUCUUUGCAGAUGAUGAAGUACAAAACCGCUCACUUAAAUUCUUGCAAAUGGCACAAGCCUGGCAAAAGAAAAAGGAGCAAGGUGGCGAAGAAAAUAGUAAUGAAGCCUGA